CCGACUUCCGAGAUGUCGGCCUGAUAUCUUUAACAGGAACUUCCACGUCCUUCCAGCACAUACUUCUCGAGGAAGCAGCUGGACGUGGCGCACGACACCUAGACGACCAUUUCUUCUAUCGCCGAUACGACUUCGAAAGUUAAACUUGAACUGAAGGCGCGAUAACCUAUAUCUAGGCUUAUUUAUUUUCUGACUGGACGACUUCUUUCGAGACCCGCAGUCCUCAUUAUUUGUUUUAACCUGGUCACUCUUUUGGCUUUUGGCGAUAUGUCCUACUCGCAAAGCGAUACCUCUCAUUCAAUCUGUCAUGUCCAAGCGAACAAGCAAAACGUCUUCCGAGUCCGUAUUCGCGACACCACAUCAUGCUCUUCUCUGUCUGCGGCUGGGCCACAGACCCCUCUCAAUAUCAAUGUCGGCCACGGACGAUUUCUCUCUUUGACUUCCAUGAAGACGAGUGCCCAAAAGCCGUGUAUUAUCACUGAUGUAUUCUAUACGCCCCCAUCUCCGCCCUCAUUAGAGUCGAGUCCGGGCUCAGCGAAAAUCCUGGACGACUCUUUUCUCCAAGACUCGACUACACAGAAUGACUUGUCGAACCUCCCUCCAUCUAUCUUAGCGUUUGACAUAAUUGGAACGCUCGGUCGAGGGACGUACGGAAAGGUCCUACUAGGUACGCGUCCCGACGGUUCUGGCCUGCGCGCCAUCAAGGUCCUCCAAAAAAGCGGUAUGCAUCGAUACGGGAUGGAAGAAGUUCGGCGAGAGCUUCGAACGCUCCAGUUGAUAGCCGAGCAGCCUAUGUCCACUAGCGGUGCAGUUUUCCUUCAAAAUAUGGUGGAGUCUUUCGAAAAUGAGCGCUUCGUGUUCAUCGUUUUCGAAUACCAUCCUACUCCACUCUCCGACCUCGAAAUCUCGUCUCGUCUGCGUCUAGGUCGAGUAUCCGGCGUUUCCGCUUCCAUCUCUCUUCCAUGCACCUUUCCAAUAGCGCCUAGCCGUCGGCAGGUGCAUGCCGCACUGCAUUCCUUGCGCCUUCUCUCCGCCGAGCUAGUUCUCGCGGUUCUCUUCCUCCACCAGAAUGGAAUUAUCCACCAAGACUUGAAGCCCGCAAACGUGAUGGUCUCGGCUGCAGGACACGUUAUCGUUGGCGAUUUUGGUGCUUCUUCUUACAUGAACAGAUGUGGGAACGGGGUAACGCUCCAGCCCACAGACGUCGUAACAUUCACCCCGCUGUACGCGGCUCCUGAACUGAAGUAUCGUAAUGCAGAAGGACUGGUGGUGUUCGACGGAGGUGUGGACUGGUGGAGUCUUGGCGUGAUGCUGUAUGAGCUCGCGAUGGGGUCCGUACCCUUUCGCACGGGGGACUGCCGGACGGUGGGAGAUUUUAGUCAUGCGUUCGGUCAGAUGGAGGAGAUCUCGUCGUCUGAGGAGUGGUGGGAUAGGAGAUUCGAAGAGUUCAUCCGAGAUCUGCUCGUCCAGGACCCACUACACCGGAUAAACGAUCAGGAUAUUGUGGAUCAGCCUGUUUUUGACCCUAUCUGCGAUCUUUGGGAUGAGAUAGCGGCAAUGAAGCACCCGCCUUUGCCGUGUCCUUCGGUGGGCUCUGCGGAUUCUGGUGUGGGACUUUCGUUGUACCACAGAGACGAUCCUUCCUAUCUUGGACGACUUCCUUCCGACUUUCCACUGCAGAAUGACGAUAAUCAUAGUUUGAUUCAACCCCUCCCUUCCUCCGCAUCAAUUUAUCAGCUUUGUACAGACGUCGGCGACGAGUUCUCUGACACAUUCUCGCCUUCAUGUUCUUCGACAGUGGACUCGGGGCUGGACAUUGGAAACGUGAUUUUCAGUCCUUCAUCUAAUUUCAACGUGCACGUGGCAUCGCCUUUACGACGAGAGGGAAAGUCGGACGGGAAACUCGAGGGGCGACGGGGGAAACGGCAUGUGGUGGCUCGACGUCAUCGGGAAUGGACAUUGGACGAGAAAAUUGCGAUAUCUUUGUUAAAGGCCGUGGAAUGUAGGAAGACGGUGGUGGUGGAUCCACCGGGUACUCCUUCGAGCAUGAAUGACCAGGAGUCAAAACCGAGCAUGGUCGGUAAAGUCUGGAGAAGGCUCAGGAAGUUUUCGUUGCGACCAUCGUUUGUUUCAUAGGACAUGCCUUAUAUACCCACAGUUAGUUCAUUUGUACUCAAUUUGUAGUCAACAGAAUCGUUUUGUAGGAUCUAUGUUAUUGGAUAUGUAUUAGCACAACAUUUGUAUCUUUGCAAUCACAUAUUAUUCUCAGUCCGUAGCAGCGGGAGUUGCGGUCCCGGAAUUCGGG